CGGCGCUAACAAGCGGAUCAGCUGACCUGCGAGCGGGUCACCCCGUAUAAGCGCGACCUCGGCCUCCGCCGCCGCUGCCGCCGCCGCCAUGCAUCACCCCAGCCUGCUCGCGCUGCUCGUGCUGCUCGCCCUCGGCCUGCUGGCCGCGCCGGUCACCGCGGUGGUCAGAAUCCCCCUGCACAAGUUCAAGUCCAUACGCCGCACCAUGUCGGAGCUGGCGGGGCCCGUGGAGGACCUGAUCGCCCGGGGACCCCUGUCCAAGUACAGCCAGGGCGUCCCCGCCGUGAACGGGGGGCCCGUCCCCGAGGUGCUCAAGAAUUACAUGGAUGCCCAGUACUUUGGGGAGAUCGGCCUUGGGACGCCCCCCCAGUGCUUCACCGUGGUGUUUGACACGGGCUCCUCCAACCUGUGGGUCCCCUCCAUUCACUGCAAGAUGCUGGACGUGGCCUGCUGGUUUCACCACAAGUACGACAGCAAGAAGUCCAGUAGCUACGUAAAGAAUGGGACGGCCUUCGACAUCCACUACGGCUCCGGCAGUCUGUCGGGGUACCUGAGCCAGGACACCCUGCUGGUGCCCUGCAAGGCCGCCAAGGGCCGCGUGAACAUCCUCGAGCAGACGUUCGGCGAGGCCACCACGCAGCCGGGCAUCACCUUCAUCGCGGCCAAGUUCGAUGGCAUCCUGGGCAUGGCCUACCCCCGCAUCUCCGUGGACGGCGUGCUGCCCGUCUUUGACAACCUCAUGCGGCAGAAGCUGGUGGACAAGAACGUCUUCUCCUUCUACCUCAACAGGGACCCCACAGCCCCCGUGGGGGGUGAGCUGAUGCUGGGAGGCACCGACCCCAAGUACUUCCAGGGCUCUAUGACCUACCUCAACGUCACCCGGCAGGCUUACUGGCAGGUGCACAUGGACCAGCUGGACAUUGGCAGUGGGCUGACCCUGUGCAAAGGAGGCUGUGAGGCCAUAGUGGACUCGGGCACCUCCCUCAUCGUGGGCCCCGUGGACGAGGUGCGGGAGCUGCAGAAGGCGAUUGGGGCCGUGCCUCUGAUCCAAGGCGAGUACAUGAUUCCCUGUGAGAAGAUCCCCGGUCUGCCCAAGAUCAUCUUUACACUCGGAGGCGAGAAGUUCGAGCUGUCAGGCGAGGCCUACACGCUCAAGGUGUCACAGGCCGGAAAGACCAUCUGUCUGAGUGGCUUCAUGGGCAUGGACAUCCCGCCACCCGCCGGGCCGCUCUGGAUCCUGGGUGACGUCUUCAUGGGUUACUACUACACUGUCUUCGACCGUGACGCCAACCGCGUGGGUCUGGCCAAGGCCACCAGGCUGUAGCUGGCCGCCAGCCGGCUACUCCCUCACACACUCACACUCACACCCUCACCCCCAGGCCUGCGCUCAGGGAGGCUGCCCCCGCACUGGGACCCCCCCCACCACUAACUGGAAGCUGGCCCCCCGGACCACACAGCACGCCCCUCACUUCUGGGAUGGCCCAGAGUGUGCCCCACCCUCACCCUUGCUGACCACUGCCCCGCCCCACCACCUAGCACCUGUCCCAGGCUGCGGGUGGGGGGGGCAAGUGAGGCUGGGGGGGGGGCGGGCUCAGCAGCAGGGAGGCCAAGGGGUGGGUCCUGGGGCUCGGGAGGGUGCUCACCGACCAGGUGGGGGCUCUGGCCCACCCUCUCGGGCACUGAGAGCCAAAGGUGACAUAAAGUCUUAUGUGAAGCUG